AUGCCGUUGACCAUGAAAGAACGUCUCAAUUAUGAAGUGAUCAAUUUAUUAAAUAUUACCAACAACUCAGCACCAACUCACAGAAAAAUGGCUUCUUUCAGCCGACAGGAGCUGGAAAGUGCGAUUGCAGGUGGGCAGUCACCCGACAACGCUGUACGAGAGCACAAUGAGGGCUUUUUGCAGCAAAAAAUCGCUGAAAACCCAGCAUUAGGGUGUACUCAGUUAAUGGAGUUGGCUCUCGAUGGUGAAAUUAGGCUUGAAAAUCGUCUAUUCACAUUACUGCUGCUGCGCAAACUCAUUACCAUGUAUUGGAGUGCUGGCUUUGAGUCGUACCAGGGCCCGCCGGGUAUUGGGGCAGAGGGUAAGAAUUUUAUUAGAGAUGCACUAUUAAGAAUGGGCCUGGACGAGAAUCAAAACUCGAGGCUAACUGCCGCUUGUUGCUAUUGUGUUGUGCAAAUAGCGGCUGUUGACUUUCCGGAUGAGUGGCCAGCUUUACUGGAGACAAUCUUUGACGCUGUUGUCAAUAAGCGGUCGCUGAGCGCUCUCCAACUGUUAAUCGAUAUAUUCGAUGAUAUUGUCUCAGAAGAAAUGUUUUUCCAAGGAAGUAUUGGAUGGACGUCAAUACAAUUGGUAACAGAACUACUAGAGAACCCAGACUUUCCACUUAGUGUGAAAAAGCUUGCCGGAAAAUUGUAUUUGAACUGCCUAGGAUAUCUGCAGUUGCCUGCUGCUAAAGCCACAGAUCAGCUGAAAGAAUCUCUACUUAACCAUCUUCAAAAAAUCGUGGACGUCCUUAUAAGUAAUGUUCGCUGCUACCAAGAUUUCGAUCUUUCAGACCUUGCCGUGCUAGAUCUCCUUCAGGUCAUUUACGAAUGCUUGAAUACCAUCAAGACAUCGUUUCCUCAAAAAACUUUGUCUGAGAGUGUUAUUCACCAGAUUAUGGGAUUGGUGAUUGGUGGAUGGUCUCGUGUCAGCUACAUGCUCGAGAUGAAAGGGCCCCAAUAUGAAACUGACACUAACAAUUCUCUAAACAGCUUGGGGCGCGAGCUGAUAAUCACCCUUGGCUCCAUGAAUACUGAUUUUUUCGACGAACUUCAACUCGAAAGCGUUGUAAAAAGCUUAAUAUCAUCCUGUCUCUUGACGAAUGAUGAAAUUGAGACGUGGACAGCUGAUUUCAACUCGUUUGUGAAUGUAGAGGAAUGUCUCGGUGGAAAUUUUCGAAUGAGAAAUGACUCAGAAGAGUUUUUGGAAGACCUCACAGCUAAUAAUAGCCAGCGGGUCCUAGAGGUAUUGCUAACAGUCUUUUGCAGCCUAGAGGCCAAUGACUGGAGGAAGCAAGAGGCGAUAUUAUUUUUGGUGGGAGCUAUUUGUGCAAAUGAUGAGGAUGUCUACAGUCCGCAGAUCAUAAACCUCCUUAUAUACUUGAAUCAGAGGUUGUCGACUUCGGACCACGGGCUGCACGCACUACUAAUGAGUCGCAUAUUUAUUGUGCUACCAAAGAUAUUACUUUCAAGUAAGGACCGGAUGGACGAUUUUCAGGGUGCCGUAAACUUUUUUGUGAAGUCACCUAUCUCAAUUGCAUGCAACACUGAGGAAGACUUACCAAAAAUUGCCUGCUUGAUGGGGUUUACGGACUACUGCAGAUCCUCCCUACUAACCACACUACCACCGAAUGAGAUCAAUGACGUAAGAGGUCAAGUUUGUCAGAUGAUUGAGGACCUUGGUUCAGAUAGUGAAGAUGAUACAAUCAGUGUUUUGCUAGAAGCCCUGACAAAGGCAUCCUCACUGGAAACAAAUGAUAAUAAAAACGGACCAUUCUAUCACAGCGCCCUAAAACUUUUGCUCCAUUUAUCAGCCAAAAGUCCUUCUGAUGUUCAAGUUGUUGUAGCAGCGGAAGAAUGUUUAUCGAAGAUUUUGAAGGGGGCCAGUACAGAUGUAUAUGUUGAGUAUUCCAAAACUUGCAUUCCGUUGUUCGUCCAUACCCUAAAUCGAAUGCUUCAACAGAGAGUCAGUUAUUCACCUGUUGCCUGUCUGUCUUUAGAACUUCUCAAAGUGUUCAUGAAAAGGAAGCCGACGGAUGGAUACGUGCCUGCUAAUAUUAGCAAUUACAUUUUGCAGCCGCUAAUAGAUGUUUUACUUGCUUCCUCGGACGAUGCCAUUUCCCAACUCUCGUCUCAUUGCUUGACCUACUUAAUUCAAAAUUCGCCAACCGAGGAAAUUGUUCCUCACUUGCACUCGAUCAUGAGCGCACUUGAAAAGCUUCUAUCGCUUGACACUUCGGAUUCUGGUGCCAUGAACGUGGGACCUCUAACUGUAAUUGUUUUAGAGAAAUUCUCGGAUGAAUUGAAGGAAUUGUUUUUCCGGAUUUUGGAAGCUGCUACUAAGAGAUUCGUUGACGCUCAGAAUAUUUCCACUUCAGAGAACUUGAUUUUUGUAUUUUGUUUCUUGGUGACCAAAAAUCCGAGUGACGCCAUCGGCUUUUUGUCAUCCUUCAGCAUCGGUGAUACAAAUGCGUUACAAGCGGUCAUUCCGAAAUGGUUAGAAGCUUUCGAAAUCGUUCGCGGCAAUAAAAGGAUCAAUAUGAAUAUCAAGGCCUUAUCAAAACUAUUUCUUCAGGCGGAUAGUAGACUUGCUAAUUUGAUGGUGAAUGGCGAGCCACUUCCAUACAGCGGGAACCUGAUUGUGACAAGAUCUAUGGCCCAAAAAAUGCCCCAGGAAUACACUCAGAUAUCUGCAAAUGAAAAAAUGGUUAAACUUUUUGUUGCAGAAUUAGAAUUCCAGUCUAAGGAGCGCAAUAUGGCCAAGUAUAUACCUACAGGCAUAGGACAAUCCGAAGCAGAGGCGGCUGGCGGGGAAAGUGACGGGGCAAACAACGAAGGUGAUAGUGGCGAUUGGGAGGACGUUGAUAGUAUUUUAGAAUAUGAAAAACUCCAGGAAUGCUUGGAAGAUGAAAGUGAUUAUGAAGGUGAUAAUUGGGAUUACGACUACGAUGAUGACAGCUAUGGAAGCUCGUAUGAUGGAAGUGAACCGCGCGAUCUAGAUGGGGACGAAGCUUCAAAAGAUAAAACGGCAGAGCCAACUACAAGGGAACUGUUAACAGAGUUUUUUCGCGAAGCUGCGUCGAAAAACAUUAGUCAUUUCCAAGCAAUCUACGGAAGACUAUCUGAUCAUGAGAAAAGGGUUCUCUCUGAGAAUCUGGUUUAA